AUGUCUAAACUCGAUGAUUUAUUUGAUAAAAAAAAAGAUGAAGCGCCUAUGCUCGACUUGUCUAAAGUUGUCAUAAAUAGUGCUGAGGAAUAUCGUGAGGUUUUGGACAAAGUGCCGGAUUUCAAAACGAGACCGGAAAAGGUUAAACCUGAAGAUGUUAAAAUAAAAGAUAAACCAGAAGAUCACAAAACUAAGACAUCCAAAAAGGAAAUAAGGGCUUAUGAAAAGCUAGGGACGCGGGGCUAUGAAGAAAAGCAAUUUACGUUUAUGGAUCCAAUACCAGUGGAAAUGCAAGGAUUAAAAUUUGAUGAACUUUGCGCAGUACCUAUCGAAUGGCGAAUGUUGACGUCCAUUAGACCGAAAUCUAAACUGGAUGAAGAGUAUUUUAACAGAUUAAUAGAACUUGGCAAAUCCGAAUUAAGAACCAAAGCAAAAGAUAAAAGGGAAUAUGCGAAAAACAACAUGAUUAGAAAAACUAAAACUCGUUCGGGUGUGACUGAAACACGCAUCAUGUCAUGCUCGGAGUGUGGCGAAGAGUACUGUAAUGGUAAAAUGUGUACCAUAACAAACUACGAUAUGUUCGCAAGGCUGAAGUUGGAAGUAGAGACAAAGACCAAUCGUGCGCAGGCGCCACCCGCACAACUGAGCAAAAUGCGUCGCAUGCGUCGUCGUGUGCGUCGCAAGCCGCGCAGCAAGAGCGCCGCGCCCUCUUACCACAAGCCAGGAGCCACCAAGCUGGGUGCUAGAAGCGACACUGAAAUCUAAACCGAAUACUAAAGCACA